AUGUUCAUUAAACAAUCUUUUGUUUUACUAGCUCAACAUGCUAGUCGGUCUUCAAAACAUAUACCACCUGUAAAACUAAGUUAUAAAAAUAUGUUGAAAGAUCCUUCUUCUAAAUAUAAACCUUUUAUUAGACCAACCCUCAAUAAAAGGAAUUGGCCAAAUAAUUUAAUCACUAAAGCUCCUCGUUGGCUAUCCACCGAUUUAAGAGAUGGUAAUCAAUCCUUACCUGAUCCAAUGUCUGUUGAACAGAAAAAGGAGUAUUUCCAUAAAUUAGUAGAUAUUGGUUUUAAAGAAAUUGAAGUGUCUUUCCCUUCUGCUUCACAAACUGAUUUUGAUUUUACUAGGUAUGCUGUAGAAAAUGCUCCUGAUGAUGUAACUAUCCAAUGUUUAGUGCAAUCUCGUGAACAUUUAAUUAAAAGAACAGUAGAGGCUUUGACUGGUGCAAAAAGAGCUACUGUUCAUACCUAUUUAGCUACUAGUGACAUGUUCCGUGAUAUCGUAUUUAAUAUGUCAAAAGAAGAAGCUAUUGAAAAAGCUGUCGAAGCAACUAAGUUAGUAAGAAGUUUGACUAAGGAUGAUCCAACUAAACAAGACACUAUUUGGAAUUAUCAAUUUUCUCCAGAAUGCUUUAGUGAUACUCCUGUAGAAUUUGCUGUUGAAAUUUGUGAAGCUGUUAAAAACGCUUGGGAACCAACUGUAGAAAAUCCAAUUAUUUUUAAUUUACCUGCUACUGUUGAAGUUGCAACCCCAAAUAUUUAUGCUGAUCAAAUCGAAUACUUUUCCACUCACAUCACUGAACGUGAGAAAGUUUGCAUUUCAACCCACACUCAUAAUGAUCGUGGUUGUGGUGUUGCUGCCUCUGAAUUGGGUAUCCUAGCUGGUGCGGAUCGUGUCGAAGGUUGUCUAUUUGGUAAUGGUGAACGUACUGGUAACGUUGACCUAGUUACUGUUGCGUUGAAUAUGUACACCCAAGGUAUCCCUCCAAACUUGGAUUUUUCAGACAUUAAUUCUUUGAUCGAAGUUGUAGAACGUUGUAACAAGAUUCCUGUCUCACCAAGAGCUCCAUACGGUGGUGAAUUAGUUGUAUGUGCAUUCUCUGGAUCACAUCAGGAUGCUAUCAAGAAAGGUUUCUCUGUACAAGAGAAGAGACGCGCUCAAGGUGACAAAUAUUGGAGAAUUCCAUACUUACCUCUAGAUCCAAAAGAUAUCGGUCGUGAUUACGAAGCAGUCAUUAGAGUAAAUUCUCAAUCCGGCAAGGGUGGUGCUGCCUGGGUUAUAUUGAGAUCACUAGGUCUAGAUUUACCAAGAAAUAUGCAAAUUGAAUUCUCUAAUAUUGUUCAGGACAAUGCCGAUGCCAUUGGUAAAGAACUGCAAUCAGGAGAAAUUUCUCAACUAUUCAAGAAAACUUACAAUUACAACAAUGAAUCAGGCAGUUAUAUCUCCUUAUUAGAUUACAAUGUUCAAAAGCUCGAUUCUGAACGCAGAAUAUUUUCAGGUCAAGUUGAAAUUGCUGGUGAGGUUGUUCCAAUUGAAGGUAACGGUAAUGGUCCAAUUUCUUCAUUUAUUGACGCAUUAUCCAACUUAUUGAACGUAAAGCUAGGUGUUGCUAAUUACGCCGAGCACUCCAUUGGAUCUGGCUCUAACACACAAGCUGCUUCAUAUGUUCACUUGACAUACAGACGUUAUAGUGACAAUGAAAAAGCAUACAAAUGGGGUGUUGGUCUAAGUAAGGAUGUUGGAGACGCCUCUGUUCAAGCCAUCCUAACCACAAUAAACAAUAUAAUAAAAUCUGGUGAGAUCACUUUGCCAAAGGUCCAGGCUGCAAAGAAAGCUGGUCAUGCUUAA